GGGGACUACAAUAGCUUUCCUUCACAGGCAAUAAGAUUUUUUAACAGCCUUCCUAAACAAAUUCAGGAAACACGGAACUCCUGGUUCUAUACCACGUUGAAAAAUAAACUCCUGGAAAAGCCACUCUACUCACUGCAGGAUUUUUACAGUGAACCACUUUUUGGGAGUCAAGCAUCUCUACAGCAUGAAUGACCAUGUAGGUUAUUUUUAUUGAGAAUUCCAACACUGCUUAUCUAGAAACCCCAGUCAUUGGCAACGACCUGAAGUAUCACUUAGGCUAACCUACUUUUUAAGAGUCAUAAUUUAUUAUUAAUAUUAUAAGCAUAAAGGGAAAGUGUGAUAAUCCUGAUGUAUUUCUCAUUAUUUGUCUCUGAAAUGAGUUUCUUUACUCGAAUGAUAGGAUAGGUAUCAUCUUAAAUUGUAUCGAAUGUAAAGUCUGAGCCAAUGGAUUCUGCUGAAUGGCCAGAAGACAUGGCCGAUGUCAAAGUUGAGAUUGACAUAGACUACACCAUGUCCUGGCUUGGCAAGCAGGAGAUUCUGCAUGAAGAACAGGUGUCAUCCAUCCCAGUACAAGUGAAUGAAACAACUCUUCAUGACGAAGGCAUAGACAUGGAGGAAAACGAAUGUAAAGAAAAAGAACAACUAUCUAGCAAAGAGACAACUCUACCCACUGCCCAUGUCAAACUGGAUCACAUUCAAGUGCUAGAUAGAAUUUCCACAGUGUUAAACCAAAGGCAGAGCUCAAAUGAUGAUUUUAUGGCGACAGUUACUGUUAAAAAGGAGGAGGAGGAGGAUGAUAGCAGCCAGCAAUCAGCUGCAGUGGAAGAUGAUUGCAGCCAACAACAUUAUCUAAUCCCUGGCUACAACAUGAUCUUCAUCAAAGAGGAGGCAUAUGAUGAGCAAGAGGCUGGGGGGAGUUCAGUGAAGAGCGAACCAGAGAUGUGGUCUUUAAACUGCAGCACAUCUGGCCGAGACGAUGCAACAGAAGUGGGUGAACUGAAUGAGCAUUCAAUCUCUCCAGUGGAAAAGUGCACUGAGUCAUCUGUGGCUGACGAAAAGACCAAGCUCUACAGCUGUGCUCACUGUAGCUAUGAAACACCAAAGUUUUGUCAUUUGAAGAUACACAUUAGAAAACACACUGGGGGAAAACCUUUCAGCUGCCAGUUUUGUGACUACCAAAGUGCUAAGUUAGGACAUUUGAAAGCACAUAUCAGAACACAUACUGGAGAAAAACUUCUUAGUUGCGAAUUUUGUGACCAUAAAUGUGCUCAGUUAGGUAAUUUGAAAGCACAUAUGAAAAAACAUACAAGAGAAACACUUUUCAGCUACGAGUUUUGUGAAUUCAAAAGUUCUACUUCAAGUGAAUUGAAAACACAUAUCAGAACUCAUACAGCAGAAAAACCUUUCAGCUGCGAGUUUUGUGAUUUCAAAAGUGCUCAUUUAAAUAGUUUGAAAGUACAUAUUAGAACACAUACUGGAGAAAAACCUUUCAGCUGCGAGUUUUGUGACUACAAAAGUGCUCAGCUAGGUCAUUUGAAAGCACAUAUCAAAACACAUACUGGAGAAAAACCUUUCAGUUGCGAGUUUUGUGACUUCAAAAGUUCUACCUCAAGUCAUUUGAAAAUACAUAUCAGAACACAUACAGAAGAAAAACCUUUUAGUUGCAAGUUUUGUGACUUCAAAAGUGCUCGGUCAUGUAAUUUGCAAAGACAUACCAGAACACAUACUGGAGAAAAACCUUUCAGCUGCAAGUUUUGUGAUUUCAAAAGUGCUCAUUUAGAUAGUUUGAAAGGACAUAUUAGAACACAUACUGGAGAAAAACCUUUCAGUUGCGAGUUUUGUGACUUCAAAUGUUCUAAGUUAGGUAAUUUGAAAGAACAUAUCAGAACUCAUACAGCAGAAAAACCUUUCAGCUGCGAGUUUUGUGAUUUCAAAAGUGCUCAUUUGAAUAGUUUGAAAGGACAUAUUAGAACACAUACUGGAGAAAAACCUUUCAGUUGUGAGUUUUGUGACUUCAAAAGUUCUACCUCAAGUCAUUUGAAAAAACAUAUCAGAACACAUACAGGAGAAACGACUUCCAGCUAAGUGAUAUGAUGAAUUUGAUAACCAUGGCUUAUUAUCGAUUUAGCCAUGGGCUAUUAAACACUUAAUUUACUAACAAAACAUGUUACUUGUGUUGAGUUAUCUCUUGAACUGGUCGGAUGCUCUUACUAUCACUCAUGCAAUCAUGCCGACUCCGGUUUCUCGAGUUGUUUUAACCUAAACGUUUAUUUACUUCAUUUCUAGAACAAGUUUGUAAGUCUAUUUUAAUCAACCAUGGAUAGUGAGUGUUUCAAAUGCAAAAUCCAUUUUGUGAACAUCAAAGAAAUCAUUGAGUGCUCGGAGUGUAAGAACGUCUACCAUCCAACUUGUUCAAAACUACGCACCAUUGAUAACUUCAAAAAACUUGGAGCACGUAAGGCGACAUGGAGGUGUGAUUUAUGUAAGUGUGAGUCUCAAAGUGAAAAAUACCCUGAGUGUGAUCAACGAGACAAUUUAGACUCUUUAAAAGAGUUUUUCACUGAAUUUAUCAAUUGUAAAUUUGAGGAACUGAAUAAUACUAUUUCCAACUUAAACAGUUCCAACUGAAAAACAUGCUAAAGAAAGUCUGUGAUGAAAAUACCACUUUAAAAACUAAUUAUGAUAAACUGGCUAUUGAAAAUUCAAAACUGCAACGAGUUAUUGAUGACUUAAAACAGCAUUCUUAUUCCAAUAAUUUAGAAAUUGUGGGAGUCUCGGAAACCAGAAAUGAAGAUGUUUAUUCUGUGCUACAAUCUACAGCCCUAGCAGUAGGAGUUCCAUUCAAAAGAGAGGAUAUCUCCAUCGCCCACAGGGUC